GGCUGGUCUUUUCCAUGAGCUGAGCUCUGGCUGGUCUUUUCUAUGAGUUGAGCUCUGGCUGGUCUUUUCUAUGAGUUGAGCUCUGGCUGGUCUUUUCUAUGAGUUGAGCUCCCGGCUGGUCUUUACUAUGAGUUGAGCUCUGGCUGGUCUUUUCCAGGAGUUGAGCUCUGGCUGGUCUUUUCCAGGAGUUGAGCUCUGGCUGGUCUUUUCCAGGAGUUGAGCUCUGGCUGGUCUUUUCCAGGAGUUGAGCUCUGGCUGGUCUUUUCCAGGAGUUGAGCUCUGGCUGGUCUUUUCCAGGAGUUGAGCUCUGGCUGGUCUUUUCCAGGAGUUGAGCUCUGGCUGGUCUUUUCCAGGAGUUGAGCUCUGGCUGGUCUUUUCCAGGAGUUGAGCUCUGGCUGGUCUUUUCCAGGAGUUGAGCUCUGGCUGGUCUUUUCCAGGAGUUGAGCUCUGGCUGGUCUUUUCCAGGAGUUGAGCUCUGGCUGGUCUUUUCCAGGAGUUGAGCUCUGGCUGGUCUUUUCCAGGAGUUGAGCUCUGGCUGGUCUUUUCCAUGAGUUGAGCUCUGGCUGGUCUUUUCCAUGAGUUGAGCUCUGGCUGGUCUUUUCUAUGAGUUGAGUUCUGGCUGGUCUUUUCCAGGAGGUCUGAUAUCAACAGAGGGAUGCAGGAGAGCUCAGUUAUGACUAGAGGAGUAGCUAGGAGGGACUGGAAUGCUUCUCGUAAAACCUCAGUACGUUAUUGCUUGAAGUAACAUAAAUAUAUGUAGCACUCUCGGAUGAUGUGAAUCAAUUCAAAUUUAAAGUUUAAAUGUCAAAUGUUGUUUAUAUUGAUAUACGCUGUGCUUCAUGGAGUGGGUCCUUCUUUUUUUGUGGUAAUAAUGCAUUGGUCCUCCCUGUUGACUCUUCAUCUCUUCGUUGCUGAGGUAAGCAGCAGGUUGCCUGAAUGCCAGUCUUAUUUUCAUCACUGCCUCAAGCAGACCAUAACAUGUGUAAUUCACACAGGUUUCGCUCUGCCAGGUGCCUGCCAGCAUCCCACAAAAAGACAUAGUGUAUGUGAUGGAGGAGGUCUGGUCAGCUGUGUGUGUCUCUCUGGCCUUUCUAGGGAGUUUUUCCUAGCCACCGUGCUUCUACACCUGCAUUGCUUGCUGUUUGGGGUUUUAGGCUGGGUUUCUGUACGGCACUUUGUGACAUCAGCUGAUGUAAGAAGGGCUUUAUAAAUACAUUUGAUUGAUUGAUUGAGGUAGACUAUACGACAGAUGGCAGGUGACUGAGAACGACAAUGUCAAUAUGGAGGAGACCUGUUCCCAUAGAAAUAGAAUGGCUAGAUGGGCAUGACCAUUCUAGUCUUUAAAUUUCUAUACCCACCUACUGCUCAGUGUCAGAGUACAAUUCAAAACAAUAUAGCUAUACUGUAUAGGCUACAUGCAACUAGGUUCGAUACUAAGUACAUCAUAAUGACUUCCCAAAGUCAUACACUAUUUGCUUCUUCCAGCAUUGCUGCGCUGUGUGGCAUUACCAUACUUGCCACUGUGUUGCACAGAAGAGAGUACAUCUCCUGUCUGUGGUCCUUUGUGACAUACCUGCUCCACCGUCAUUGUUUUUAGCCCUGAAUGAAUAAUUUAAAGCACGUUGCCCCAGUGUUUACCCUGAGAGACUAUGUGGAAGAAACUUGGCUCAAUGCUGAGUGUUGCAUAGGGAAUGUAGGGCGACAGUGCUGAGUGGACAAAGGAGCCACAUAUUUCCCCCUAGGACUUUGUGAGGCCUCCAAAGCCUGGGCAAAGUUAUGUUUGAGCAGGGAGCUUCAGGCUCAAGCUGCCAAGUGUGAGUCACACUGCCACUGAGGCACUGACCCAGGCUGAGAGCUCUCGCAACCAACACCCUGUCCAACUAUUUCUAUGCCUAAAGGUUUUUGCAGGCGCAACCUGUAAUUCCAUUGUGGUCACAGGAUGAAAUGCACACACAAUCAAGGCCCAAUUAAGCUGUACACACACAAUAACAAACUUUGUGCCAUCUAAUCAGUGUUCAGUACACUCAAAAAGACAGACAAUACUUUUUAGUAUGAAACUACAGAUUACACCUUUAAAAUGUUCUGUUUGGCUAAAUUAAGGAUGACUUUUGUCAUAAAGAGAGGAACCUGCAUGUAUUUUGUCCCCCCCCCCCCUCUCUAAAUCAAUCCGUUCUUCCCCGGUAGAAUCAUCAAGAGGCAGAGAGGCAAUUGACUUGUUUUGUUCUGCCAGGGAGAGAAUUCACUCAGCCCUGACUGUCGAUUAAUCAGCCGGUCGUUCUGGGAGAGGAGCGUGGGGUAAAGUUAGAAGCAGACCAGAGAUCCGAGAUCUUGUAGCUAUUAGUGUGCUUAGUGGACUAAGCAUAUCUUGAGUCAUUUAGACUCUUAAGGUUUGCCAGUGGGUGAGAUGUAUCAUAUCGUUAUUGCCAUGAUGUGCUUUAUCAUUCUUGUGUGUUUAUUGUUUUACAUUAUUGAGGCUGAGAGUUAGUUGAGUAGCUCAGCAGAGACCAUAACGCAUUUUGAUCUCAUACUAUGACUUGCUGGUACAGUAUGCAUGUACAGUGAUCUGCAGGUAUUUGCGUUACGAUCAUUCGCAUGUUAUGGGAUCCUAUAUAUUUUAUGAUCAUAAGCAUUGUGCUAUUUACAGUUCCUCCAUGGAGAAGGGGUUUCCUAAUCAACCUUGAUUCCACCUGUUGCCCCUGUUACCUUCUAGAGACUAUAAAGUAGAUCAAUACAACGUCACUCAGACCCACUUCCAGACAAGCGGCUGUUUUGGAAUGAGGACAGGUUGAAUUCCAUCUCUAUAUUGUGGUGUGUUAACUAGAGGUCGACCGAUUAAUCGGAAUGGCCAAUUAAUUAGGGCCGAUUUCAAGUUUUCAUAACAAUCGGUAAUCGGCAUUUUUGGACACUGAUCAUGGCCGAUUACAUUGCACUCCACGAGGAGACUGCGUGGCAGGCUGACUACCUGUUAUGCCAGUGCAGCAAGGAGCCAAGCUCCCCACCCGGCUCAGGACCCAAACCCCACAAAGGAAGACACUGAGGGGUUGACAAGACCCCAUAAAACAGGCCCAGCCCAGAUAAUGGAAACCUACACGAAAAAGGACAAAGAAAAGAAAGUGGGGACCCACACACAACUGGACGUCAUCCCGAAGUCACCUGCUACACCGACGUUGCCCAUGCCUGGCUCAAGUCCUAGCCCCAUACCUAAUAAAGACGCAGUGAAGUCAGAGGACAGACAGAAGUUGGCCAAGGAGCGGAGAGAGGAGAAGGCCAAAUAUCUGGACAAGCUUGGACAGAUACAAGACGCAGUGAAGUCAGAGGACAGACAGAAGCUGGCCAAGGAGCGGAGAGAGGAGAAGGCCAAAUAUCUGGACAAGCUCGGCCAGAUACAAGCGGCGAAGAAGUCCCAAUGGCUGGAGAAAGAGGAAAAGGCCCGGCAGCUGAGGGAGAGCCAGCUGGACGAACGGCGCAGGAAGCUGGAGGAGCAGCGGAUCAAGACAGAGAAACGUCGCGCUGCCCUGGAGGAGAGGCAGAAACAGCAACUAGAGAAGAACAAGGAGCGGUAUGAGGCUGCCCUCCAGCGGUCCACUAAGAAGACCUGGGCUGAGAUCCGACAGCAGAGAUUGUCCUGGGCCGGAGGCCUCAGCCACAACUCCAACCAGAGAGAAAGCAGAUGCUCGGUGUCGGCGGUCAACCUGCCCAAACACGUGGACUCGGUUAUAAACAAGAGACUCUCCAAGUCCUCCGCCACCCUCUGGAACUCCCCCAACAGAACCCGUAGCCUCCAGCUGAGCCCGUGGGAGAGCAGCAUUGUGGACCGACUGAUGACGCCCACCCUGUCCUUUCUGGCCCGAAGCCGCAGCGUCGCCAGCGUGCUCAGCAACGGUAAAGGCCAGUCGCCCCUAUGCCCUCGUUCGGCCUCGGCCAGCCCGCUGACGCUGUGUGCCCACCGGCCUCACCACCGCUGCUCCGACCGCUGGAGGGUGACGUCCAGCACGCCCGACAUCACCCAGCGCCGACGCGACUCCACGCCGAUAGAGAAGAAAAAGAAAGAGAAGAAGGACAAGGAGCGGGAGAACGAGAAGGAGAAGAGUGCUCUCAGCAAAGACAAGGUGCUGAAGAAGAGACAGUCCUUACCCAGCAUGAGGCACAGACCGGACCCCAGUCCUAGUCCCUUAUCCAGACAACGGGCUGCCUCACCCGCCACUACUCCUAGAGCAAGACCUUCCUCCUCCUCUCCCAGCCCCGCUGCCUCCCCCAAACCCCCCUCUUCAGCCCGGGCUAGCCCCUCCACCCCCAAGGCCCGGCCCAAGAGGGCUAGGACCCCGGCCCGGGUGGACCACGGGCGCACCUCCUCCCCCGUUCCCCUGGAGAGGGCCAGGGAGACCCGCGGCCGUAGGUCAGCCACGCCCGAGGAGCCCAAAGGCAAGAGCUCCCCCGUUCCUUCAGUCGCGGUAUCCUCCGCUCCGGCCACGCCCCCUUCGCUGAGUACACCAAUCAGGGCGGCGACCGCCACUCCUUCUGAGGUCCCUCCUUCCGCCCAAUCAACCCCCAGUGUCCCUGCAUCGUCCCCAGCCCCAGCCUCCUCGUCAGCCAAGCCCAUGGCGGGCACCAACAACCCAGAGGAGGCCGCCCGGAUCCUGGCCGAGAAGAGGAGGCAGGCCCGAGAGCAGAGGGAGCGGGAGGAGCAGGAGAAACGCGAGCUGGAGGAGAGAGAGAAGGUCCUGCGAGAGGAGCGUAAGCUGCGGGAGGCGGAGGAGAGCCAGCGCAGAGAGGAGGAGGCGCGCCUCAUGGCUGAGGAGCAGCGCCUGAGAGACGAGGCCCAGCGUGUGGAUGAGGAGAAGGAGGCGCAGGAGAGAGCCAGGGCAGAGCAGGAGGAGAAUGAGCGCCUACAAAAACAGAGAGAGGAGGCCGAGGCUAAGGCCAAGGAGGAGGCCGAGAAACAGCGUCUGGACAGAGAGAAACACUUCCAGAAGGAGGAGCAGGAGAGACUGGAGAGGAAGAAGCGUCUCGAGCAGAUCAUGAAGAGGACGCGCAAGACAGACGGAGUGGAAAAGAAAGACACCAAGUCCCCACCUCCCUCCCAAGUCAAUGGCAAAGAGGCUGAGAGCAGCAAAGCCUCUGCUGACUACCAGCCAAGCCCAGAGAUCAACAAGAAUACAGAGAACGACCAUAGUGGUGAGAGAGACAGCUCCACGGUCCAUGUGGUCAACGGUGUCCAGCCAGCCAGCCACGAGAAUGGCCUGCCUAGCAAGGGGGACACCGCACACUUUGAGGAGAUCAUCCAGCUAGCCAAUCAAGGCAACAGCAGCAAUGGGGGGCGGGAGAAAUCAGAGAGUGACAUGCCCACUGAGCCAAUCCUGGCCUUUGAAAGUGAUGAGCCCUUCCUGAAAAAAGUGGGCCCCAUGAAGCCUCAGCAUGUCGCAGAGGUCCUGUGAGGUGUGCCACUCAUGAAGGCGAUUCUUAGGCCCCCCCACCUUCCCGAACCCAGCCUCUGCUCGUACGGGUAGAGAGCCCCCUUCUUCCCGAGGGGCACUUCCCCUAUGACAUGUGCCAAACCAAUCACAGACUGCUUUCUAGGCCCCAAAAAACAUAAACUUUGCCUGGGAAAAGGGCCGAAGAAGAUGAAGAAGAAGAAGCAAAAAAAGACACACGUAAAAUACAAAACAGGAUAUGACAUCAUCGCCACCUGACAGGGUGCAUCAGUGUUACCAUUUGUAGAUGGUAGAAGAUAUCACAGCAUCAAUUCUUCCAUAACAGUAUCGUCCAUGGUAGAUUUCACCAGUCCUGAGGGGGAAAAAUACACUAAUGAGUCAUUGUUAUUAUUAUGAGUUGAAAGAGAAAUGAGUUGGCUUUUUUGUUUCUAAUGUUUAGUUUAUUUAAGUUGAAGAGAAAUGUAAAAACUGGGUAGAGUUUUAUGUGAAUAAUGUAAAUGAAAGCGUGAGCGUUGGACUAAAGGAGGGAGGGGUCUGUGGAAUAAAUAGGGUAUGAAUUUAUGAAAAGAAGCCCAAUGUUUACUUAACUCCUGCCUUUCAAGGUUUGCCCAGUAACUAAUAUGAAAUGAAAACAUAAUGAUACGGCCUCUGUAAACAUGUUCUGUAAAUGGAGCUUCGCUGCAAAUAGAAUGUCUCCAAAAUACCGAAGAAGAUGUGUUUUGACAAUGUACGUUGUUGCAGCACAGCGUCAGCCGUCUCCAAGGAGUGCUGUGUCGACAGGUUUUCUGUUUUAACUGUUCCACUCCUCAAUUAUGAUUGAUUUGUACUCUGAAAUGAAUAUAGAAAUGAACAAGGGAUCAGUUGAACAAAAAAACAGUGCACACAUGGGUACUCCAGAUUCAGAAUUGGUAAGCCUUGGGUCUAAUCAGUGAUCCAUUCAGUUUAAUCAGUGUUGAAACAGAAUGUACACAAGGGCAUCCCAUCCCACCAUUUUAAAAAUCAGUAUGCAGUUUAGUUUUUGUUCUAAACCUGAGCAAGAAGCAUGAUAUGUUGCCUCCUCCAUUGAGAUUCCACAGAUUCGAAUGUGUUUGAAAAUGAAAUGCUGGUGUGUGUAUAUGCUAUAAAUAUAUUUUGUUGUGGGUUGAAGGGUCAGAGAGAGCAUCGGAGUCUUAUUAAAGAGAAAAUUGUUGUCCAGUU